GACGCCAUUGCUGGCGCACCGCGCGAGAACUCCGACUCCAGAACAUGGUCGACAGAAGCAUUCAAUAUCCAAACCUUUCUGGCUUGCUUACGGUUACAUAUUCAGAGUUUGAGUGAUCCACGCGCGUCCGUCCCCUUGUCAAGGAAGGCACCUUGGUUUCUCAAUCCCAUGGCUUGCUACGGCUUAUGGUCCUGCUGAAUGACGUUGAGCCGAGCAGCCAGGGUCAGUCACGCAAACCCCGCGAAUAACCGCUCCCGGAAUCCUCUUGGCUGAUGCCCAACCCCAGAUCCAAACGGAAGGCACCCCCACAGCAGCAGUGGAGAUGGGCUGAUCGCCGGGCGGACAACAGACGAGGUGAGAAGGGAGUGGGGCGCCAAGCCUUUUUUGCCGUGCUCUGUGUAAAUUUCUCGGAGCGAGACUUGCAAUUGCGACGAUGAACAUGAUGUCGUCGCGGGGUCCAUUGAGACACUGUCGCACAUUUCCACCAUGACCACCCGCGCCGGCAUCCGGACAAGCACGCAGACAGUAACCUGCUUGCUGUGCCAAUGGCGAUCCUUCAGUGUGUCCUAUCGCCGGCUGGCCGACAAGCCGCCUACCCCAUCCCCGGACGCAAGUCAAUCAUCGCCGAGCAUCGCCGCCCCGGGAAGCAGUCAUGGCGCCGUACCGGAAGGACCGCUCGCCCAUGCACCGCGAUCAUACGGCAAAAAGCUCAAGGAGUUUACCCCGACGCCGCUUGCGAGGCCAAUUGGCAUGAAUUUUCCGCCCAGUGCCGGCCAGAACACUGGCGUCGACUCGCGCAGCAUCAAGCAGCGCCGAGAUGACUUUGUCAACUACGAGAAGCAUCUCGAGCGCCGGGAAUACCUCAAAUCCCAGAUGGCACGUCCCUACUUCCGCGACUGGGUGAACCUUCAAUUCUACGAGGGCAAGACGUUCCUUGCCCCGCCGCGGCUGUUUAGGGCCGAUCUCUCGCUUUAUUUCCCAAACUUGCACGGCCGGACCCUUGGCAAGACGCCCGCCGCCAAAUCCGCGGAUACGACGCCGCUGCUCGAGGGCCGCGCCUCGGUCGUGACCAUCUUCAGCAGCAUGUGGGCCGAACAACAGGCCCGCACCUUCACCGGAGCAAAGGAGAACCCUGCGCUGCACGAACUGCUCGGCGCCAGCGCCGGGCGUGCUCAGUUGGUGCAGGUCAAUGUGGAACAGGAUAUGCUCAAGGCAUGGUUGAUCCGUUUGUUCUUGGGUUCACUGCGCAGGAGGGUCGGUAAGGAGAACUGGGACAAGUACUUCCUGGUACGGAAGGGCAUUACAGACGAGAUCCGCGAGUCCAUUGGGUUGCUCAACAGCAAGGUCGGGUAUACCUACCUCGUGGACCACCAAUGCAGGAUCCGCUGGGCUGGAAGCGGUCCUGCCGAGCCAGGGGAGAGGGAGGGCUUAGUGAAGGGCUUGCAGAGGAUCCUGGAGGAAAUGAGCAAGCAAGGAGUUGGAGAGCACUAUACGAUGAAGCCUGUGGCGAAGAAAGCCGCGGAGCAGUAGGCAGACGGAUACGGUUGCUGGACCGCGGACUGUGAUACCCCAUUUUGGUCAGUAACGCCCCUCCUGUAGAAUACCCAUAAUGACUGUAAGAAUCGAUGGAAGAAAAGACUGGAAUAGAACUCAAAUGGCAUGCCAUGUUCGAGUAAACCAUACUUGAUCAAAUAUUCCA